AUCUGUUCGCCACCUCUUCCUUGCCGUUUGCUUCUUCAUCUUCAUGCUCCUUUCCACUCGCUUCUUUCAUUCAGUGAUUCUCCUUCCUUCUUCUUUUUCCACUCGUUUUUGCUUUAUGUUUUAACGAUUCGAGUUCUGAUUGCUCUUUCAUGGCAGCCAGUAACUCAGAUUUCCGAGGCUUCAAUUCAUCGCCACAAAACCGAAUUUCCACUGAAUUGCUCCCCGCUCAAUCUCACUCAAACGUGCCCUCUUCAUUAUUACCCAAAAACAUUCCAAAUUCACCAUCAGAAAUACAAAUCAGUAACCUGUCCAGAAUUCUUCCAUUGGAUUCAUGAAGAUCUAAGGCCAUGGACAGAGACUGGGAUAACGGAGGAGAUGGUGGAGCGCGCCAAGAGUAAAGCCAGUUUUCGUUUGGUGAUAUUGAAGGGAAGGGCUUACGUCGAAAGGUAUAAAAAACCACCCCAAACUAGAGACCUUUUCACUCUGUGGGGCUUCCUACAGUUGCUAAGGAGGUACCCUGGAAAAGUGCCAGAUUUAGACCUUAUCUUCGACUGCUUCGAUUAUCCACUCGUUGAAAAGAAAGACCAUCUGUUGGUUGCUCCACCGCCAUUGUUUCGAUACUGUGGCGAUGAUGACACUUUCGACAUUCUUUUCCGUGAUUGGUCCUUCUGGGGUUGGCCCGAAAUUAACAUCAAACCAUGGGAGUCUUUAUUGAAGGACCUGGAUCAAGGCAACAAAAGGACUAAAUGGAUAGGCAGAGAUCCUUAUGCUUACUGGAAAGGCAAUCCAUUCGUUGCUAAACACAGGAAGGAUCUCCUUAAAUGCAAUGUUUCUAACACCAAGGAUUGGAACGCUCGUCUUUACGUCCAGGACUGGAUUCGAGAAACGCAGCAGGGAUUUAAGGAAUCACACUUGGCCAACCAAUGCACCCACAGAUAUAAGAUCUAUAUCGAGGGAUUCGAGGGAUCUGCAUGGUCCGUGAGUGAGAAAUACAUUCUCGCUUGUGACUCGGUUACCUUAAUGGUAAAACCCGAUUACUACGAUUUCUUCACAAGAGGGUUGAUGCCCGUCCACCAUUACUGGCCCGUAAGGAUGGAUGGCAAAUGCAGAUCAAUCAAGUUUGCUGUCGAUUGGGGAAACAAUCACAAGCAAAAGGCCCAAAGAAUCGGAAGGGCGGGAAGCAGAUUUAUUCAAGAAGAUUUGAAGAUGGAUCAUGUAUACGACUACAUGUUUCAUCUUCUGAACGGAUACUCGAAGCUCCUGAAAUACAAACCGGUUGUACCCCGGAACGCAAUCGAAAUUUGUUCCGAAACCAUGGCUUGCAAUUCAGAAGGGAUUGCUAAAAGAUUCAUGAAGGAGUCUAUCGUCAAAGGCCCUGCAGAUUUUAGGCCCUGCACCAUGCCACCUCCGUAUGAUCCUCAAACUCUUAACUCCAUUCUUGAAAGAAAAAUGAAUUCAAUUAAACAAGUUGAGAAACGGGAAAACGAAUUCUUUGGAGAACAUAAAUUUUAA